AUGGCGCAAGCUGGAGUCUUUCUAGAGCAUGACCAGUUUAAUUGUUCCAUCUGCCUGGAUGUUUUGAAGGAUCCUGUGACUAUACCUUGUGGACACAGUUACUGUAAAGGCUGCAUAAAAGGCUACUGGGAUCAAGAUGAUUAUAUGGGAAUUUACGGCUGUCCCCAGUGCAGACAGAGCUUCACUCCAAGGCCUGUGCUGGGCAGGAACACUAUGCUAGCUGAUGUAGUUGAGAAAUUAAAAAAGACUGGACUUCACACUGCACCUUCUGAAGAAUCCUAUGCUGAACCAGGAGAUGUAGAGUGUGAUGUCUGCACAGAGAGGAAAAAGAAGGCUUUCAAGUCUUGUCUGGUCUGCCUAGCCUCUUUUUGCGAAACCCACCUCCGCCCUCACUAUGAAUCACCAGCAUUCCAGAAACACAAGCUGGUUCCCCCUACAAAAAAACUCCACGAAAACCUCUGCGCUCAUCAUGACAAAUUGUUGGAAGUCUUCUGUCGCACAGAUCAGCAUUGCAUUUGUUAUCUUUGCUUAACAGAUGAGCACAAAGGCCAUGAUACUAUACUGGCAGCAACAGAGAUGACACAGAGGAAGAAUGAACUGGGAGAAAUGCAGAGUGCAUCUCAGCAGAAAAUUCAAGAGCGAGAGAAGGAGCUUCAGGAGCUGAGACAAGCCACACAGUCUCUCAGCCUGUCCGCUAAAGCGGCCAUAGAGGAGACGGAGAGGAUCUUCACUGAACUGGUCUGCUCCAUAGAGAGAAGACGCACGGAGGUGAAAGAGCUUAUCAGAGCCCAUGAGAGAGCAGCUUUAAGCCAGGCAGGGGGAUUCCUACAGCAGCUGGAGCAAGAGAUCGCUGAUCUAAAGAAAAGAGAUGCUCAACUUGGACAGCUGUUCCAAACAGAGGAUCACAUCUCUUUUUUACAGAACUGCCAAACAGUGUGUGCCCAGCCUGUUCCUGUAGAACUACCAAAAAUGAUCACUGAUCCAAACUUUGGGGCUGUCAUUGCUGCAAUCUCUGAAUUCCAAGCGCUCCUGGAAGAUGUUUGCCAAGGGGGAUUUGUAAAUAUUUCAGAGAAAGUGAGUGAUGUUGCUAUCAUGCAGCCUGAAAAGCCAAAGAUCAUCACAGAAUCCGCUGCAGCUGUUCCCACGCCAGUCUUUGGCUCACACUUUGUUGGACAGAACCCUUUUGGUACUUCAGGAGUAACAACCCCCGGCUUUGGUGCUUUCACCUUUUCAUCUUAUGGUACAAGGUCAUCAGGUUCUAGACAGAGACUACAGCAACGCCGGAGACGGAGGUAGCAAUACAGGUUCCUGAUCAAAACAGAAGGAAGGACAAUGGGAGGGAGAGUCAUCAGCUGUUUUAAUCAUUUAAAUGAGUCUUGCAUGUUUUAGUAAAUCCUCUGUUUGCAGAUGAGAUUAAAUUAUUCUGGCUUUUUUUUUUUUUAUAGAACUAAUCUAAAUGAUGG